AUGGUGAAGGAGGCUCAAUCUGUUCUCAAUAUUUGUUGUGCCUCUCUCCUCAGUGAAAUGCUGUCAUUCUUGCAAUUUGAAACUGGCGAACCAAGUAAGCAAAUUGUCAACUUUUGUGUUAAAUGUGCAGCUGAUUUCGGCUCUAUUGAAUUGUGUAAAUACUUGUUAGAAAAAUGUGACCUAAUCAACCAACAAUUCGAUGGUUGUUUAAAGACCUAUAAUGUUUGGAUUGAAGAUUUAAAGAAACGAAUUAAGAAUGAUAGAGUUAUUGGAACAAACUAUCACAUCGAUAAGAAAUCUGUCCACAUUUCUCCUCAAGAGGAUGAAUCUUACUAUGAAGCUGAAAUUGAAGAAAGCAAGAGAAACUAUCCUCAAUUCCUCUCCCUACGAGCAGCUUACGCUUCGGAUUUUAUAUAA